UAAACGACCCCCCCCCCCCCUCCCCUUCACAUUUCUUCCAAGGUCUCCCACAGUAUAGUCUGCGUAACAGAGAAAUACACUCCUGCCUGAUCAUCCACAUCCAUGGUCCAGUCUAUGUGCAGCCAUGGUUAGGAUCUGCCUUGCGAGAGUUUGCUUGCUGCUUCUGCUAAUGCUGGCACUGGCUCUCAAUUGCACGGCAAAAGCAGGGAAACGCCACAAUUCCAGACGACAGAAACGAGAGUGGAUUCUUCCACCUGCCAAACUGAAAGAGAAUCAUGACUAUACCCAGAAACUGUUUAUUGCUAAGAUUCGCUCUGACAAGGAAGAAGAGGAGAAGGUGGAGUACUCCCUUGGAGGGCAUGGUGCUGACAAGCCUCCCUUUAACCUCUUUCUCGUUAACCCUGUAAACGGGUUUGUACGCAUUACUGGCAUCCUGGACCGCGAGGAGCGAGCAGAGUACAAUUUGUUUGGUGUAGCAAGGUAUAAAAAUGGGAGCUUGGCAGAGGCCAACAUUCCACUUACGAUUUCCGUCCUUGAUGAGAAUGAUAACCGCCCGUAUAUUGAGUUCCACUCUGGGGAAGUCACAGAGUCCAGUAAAGAAGGUACCUUUGUCAUGAAGAUCACCGCCAUGGAUGAUGACGAAGAAGGAAACAUUAACUCCCAGAUUGCCUACCAGAUCGUCAGUCAGGAGCCAAAGGGCUCGGCAUCCAUGUUCAAAAUCGACGAAAAGACAGGGAAGCUCUACGUCAACCAAGCCACAUUGGACAGAGAGACGGUUGAUCUCUACAAGCUGGUGGUGAAAGGGACGGAUAUGGGAGGGGCCCUGGGAGGACUGACAGGGACGGGGACGGUGGAGAUCAAACUCCUGGACAUCAAUGACAACGUCCCGACUCUGGAAAAGUCAGAUUAUGCAGGCAGUGUUGAUGAGAAUGUGGCUGAUGUGGUUGUGAUGAGGAUCAAAGCUUUGGACAAAGAUGUGGAACGCACAGAUAACUGGGAGGCCGUCUUUCACAUUGUGAAAGGAAAUGAAGACGGACUCUUUACCAUUGAGACAGACAAGAAGACCAAUGAGGGAAUUCUGAAGCUCGUCAAGGCAGUGGAUUUUGAGGUAGUCCAGAAGCUUGAGCUGAGACUGGUCAUAGAAAAUGUAGCCCCUUUCGUCGUGGGGAGUGCUGUUGAGAUGGAUGUGGACAUGACAGUGGGAGGAGGGGGACCUGGGCCAGGAGCAGGGGCUGGAGGUGGAGGUGGAGCAGGGGCUGGAGGUGGAGGGGCAGGAGCUGGGCCAGGAGCCGGGACAGGGGCAGGGACAGGGGCUGGGACAGGUGCUGGGGCAGGUGCUGGGGUGAAGCCUGGUGUUACGCCUGGGUCUGGUCCUGGGUCUGAGAAAACAGAGAAAAAGAGCUACUCGAUUAAGAUUGCCGUGAACAACAUGCCUGAAGGCCCAGGGUUUCGGCCAACCACCAAGCUUGUGCCUGUGUCUGAAGACCCAGCAGAGUUCCCCAAAGAUGGGGUGAUCACCACCUAUCCUGCUGUGGAUGGAGAUACUGGAGAACCUGCAGAGGAUGUCAGCUAUGCCAAGUCCUAUGAUCCAGACAACUGGUUGACCAUUGAUGUGAAUACAGCUGAGAUCAAACUCAACAAGAAGCCAGAUCGAGAGUCCAAGUUUCUGGUGAAUGGGACAUACUAUGCCAAGAUACUCUGUUUGACCAAGGACAUGCCUGCAAAGACAGCGACAGGCACCAUAGCUAUCCAAGUUCUGGACUCUAACGACCACUGCCCCACCCUGACCACCAGCUUUGAGAGUGUAUGCUCUGAUGAGCGCACAGUGUACGUCACUGCCUUUGAUGAAGAUGUCAAACCGAACGGGGCUCCGUUCAACUUCACCGUGGUUACAGAGGGAACGCGAGGGAAAUGGGAGGUGAAGCCAUUCAAUGAAACCACAGCUGCCCUGCAUUCCCAUGAGGCCUUGUGGCCGGGUGUGUAUGAUGUGCUCGUUCAGGUGGCAGAUGAGCAAGGCCUAGCCUGCCCAGACAAGGAGGUGUUUAGGGUGGAGGUGUGUACCUGCCCAGAAGGUGGGGACUGUCGCUCAAGGCUCAUGGGAUACGCCCAGACCCCCUCCUCCCAACUCUCUGCCCCAGCAAUCAGCCUUCUUCUAACCGCGGCCCUCUUACUGCUACUGCUGCCUCUCCUGGUGGUGUUCUGUCGUUGUGGGGACCCAGCCAGCUUUCCUGACCAGUUCACCGACCUUCCAUUUGAUGUCAAGGCACACCUGAUCUCCUACCACACAGAGGGCAACGGAGAGGAUAGGGAGAUUCCCCUGCGCAGUGUUCCUAUGGUCGUGACUGACCAAGCGAACGUUGGGACUCUGGAAGCGGUGAACUUCGUCACAAAGUCCUCCAGAGUGGCCAACAGCUACCGGAACAGCGGCAUGUACAGUGAAUACAGUAACACGCUGCGUCAAGAGGUCAGCGUGAGUCAGCAAGAGAUGGACACCGGCUACGGAUUCCACAGGGGGGGCUACCAUCUGGGGACCUCUCACGGUUCCACCUUUGGCAGAUACACACAUUCCUCCCAUGCCAGGAACGCUAACGCACAACACAUGUUUGAGGGCAUGGCCCUGCCUGAUGAUUUCCUAGAGGACUACUAUCUCCAGAAGACAAGCGCUGCUCAGGACCCUCCUACGAUGGACAGUUUGUUGCUGUUCGACAACGAGGGCCAGGGUUCUCCUGUGGGCUCAGUGGGCUGCUGCAGCCUCCUGGAAUCUGACAACGAACUCCAGUUCCUCAGCGACCUGGGGCCAAAGUUCAGGACCCUGGCUGAGAUCUGCUCCCCUCCCAAACCCUCUCAACCCCCUAGAGUAGAAAGCGUUGUUGAGUCUAAACAAACCAUCCAAAAAGAGAGCAACAUCGCUAAGAGUACCGUCAACAUCAACCAAUCCUCAACAAGCAUGGUUAACGUCCACCAAUCAUCCACCAGCAGCGUCAACAUUAGCCAAUCAGCUGCGACCCGUCAUGUCACCAGGGCACCCUUGUCUCCCCCUGCUGGUCAGACCAUCCUGGUGCAGCAGCCUAUGUACUACACCACCACCCCUAUUGUGCAGCCUAUGCACUACGUAGUGCAGCCACAGGUCCACAACACUGUGCUGUUGGCAGAGAGGCCCGCUGCUAACCUGCAGGGUAUGAUAGUGAUUGACGGAUCCCAAGUAUCCUCUCAAGGCCUGGUUAUCCAAGGCAAUAGGGUCAUAUCAGAGACCUCAACCUCUGAUGUAAGUACGACCAGCCCUGGAAGCCUUACCAGGCCCACUAUCACCACUAGCCCGGUGAUGAUGGCUCCAGGGAGCCCAGGCUUGGUCCAGGGCUCUGUGCCCACAGGUGGCUGGUCCACCGUAGGUCGCACCUCGGAUGGUAAAUAUAUGAUAGUGGAGAGGCAGGUCAGAACCGAAGCACAAGGCUUAAGCCCAGGUGUUCCUCAGGGCACUCUGCCCAGAGGUGCAGUCCUGGUCCAGGAGGCUGUUCCCCCUCAGGGGGUUUUAGGCACAGCAGCCCAGGGUGGUGUGCGUGGCAUUCUGCCAGGACACACCUUAACGAGGGGGGUGGGGCAAGAAGGGAUGGGGUCGGUUAGGGUGGUUCCGGUUGGUGUUGGACAGCCUAGAGUGGGGCAAGUUAUGUUAGGGCAAUCAGGGAUGGGGCAAGUUAUGUUAAGGCAAGCAGGGAUGGGGCAAGUUAUGUUAGUGCAACCAGGGAUAGGGCAAGUUAUGUUAGGGCAACCGGGGAUGGGACAAGUCAGGGGGACGCAGUUUGGGGAGGGGCAAGUACUAGCAGGACAGACCGCCGUAAGGCAAGUUCUGCCAGCAGGCGUGGUGCAAGCUGGGUUCAGUCAGGUCAGUGUGGGUCAGAUGACAACAGGUUUUCAGGGUGUCCCAGUCUGUGCCCAGCGGGGGCCCUUACUGAGAGGGUGCAUGACUAGUCAUGAGGGGUCACAAGUGAUAGCACCAAGACACACUUCACCUCCUGAGGUCUUAACAACACAGACCAACACUGUAUCCGAGAGCCGGUUCACUUUUGAAACUGCCGUGUCUACAAACAACGAGUGGGGAAAUCCGUCGCUGUCCGAGGAGGAAGAAGAGCCAGGAGAGACCUCUGAAGACGUGUCGGAAAGCGAAGACACCGAAGACGAGUUCUCAGAAAGCGAGACACCAGCCGUGCCUGUCCCUGAAGAUCCAACUCGGGAAGACGGUACUAAGGAGGAGGACGCAUUGGAGGCUUCCCCUCUGACAACUGAGAUUACACUGGAUGAGGGUCCCGGGGAGGAGCGCUUGGUGUUAGCAACCGAGACCUCGGAACGGCAGAGCGAACAGCCUGACUUACUGGGAGAGGAACGAGCAGAAGAAGCCGCUAACAUAGGCUUUGCAGAUGAAAGUAUUUCCCCGAUUGAGGUAUCUGAGGAUCUACAUGAACAGACUGCAGAGGAGACGGCAUUGGAGAUCAGAUCUCCUGUGGAGGAGUCCGUGGAGGAGGUUGAAAGCCAGGGGACCGAGGCCCAGGAGGACGAUGAUCUUUCUGAUGAGGGGUCUGGUGAAGAUGCUUCAAUGUUGGCCCAGGGGUCCACACAUGAGUGUUCUCUGUCAGGAUCUGACAUAAUCGAUCUAGUUGCAGAAGAUCAGUCAGACGAGGAAGAAUCAAGAAUGCUGGCUCAAGAAGAGGAAGUGAUGUCAGGAUUGUCCCAGGAUGAGCCCACUGUUGAUAAUGUUGAUGAAAACCUAGAAGAGGAAAGUCCUGAGGAAAUGGGGUCAGAGGUACAUCUCGAUCACCUUACAAUGGGAGUCCCUGUCAUCCCAACUGUUACCAGUGACCUGGAAGAAGUUCUGUCUGAAUUUGAAGAAGUGGGAUCAGAUGCAGAUUCAGAUCACCUCACAGUGGAAAACUCAAGAAGAAAACAAGAAGAAACACUCUCAGAAAAGGAACUUUCACAGUUAGAUCUGCAUGAAAAACCCUCAGCUGAAAACAUUACAGAUGGUGGGGUAGAGGAAGAAAAUCUAGAACAAGGCACAAUAUCACAUCAAAAUGAGUCUGGAAAUAGUAUUGGUGAUGAUCAGGAAGUAGAGCAGUGUAUAGAAGAGGAAGUGACAUCCUCACUGCAACAUCAGACAUCAGAAGACAGUUUUGGUGAUGACCAUGAAGAAGAGGAGUAUAUAGAAGAAGAAUAUACUAAAGAGGAAGUGAUGUCAUCACUGCAACAUCAGACAUCAGAAGACAGUUUUGGUGCUGACCAGGAAGAAGAGGAGUAUAUAGAAGAAGAAUAUACUAAAGAGGAAGUGAUGUCUUCACUGCAACAUCAGACAUCAGAAGACAGUAUUGGUGAUGACCAGGAAGAAGAGAAGUAUACGGAAGAAGAAUACACCAAAGAGGAAUUGAUGUCAUCGCUGCAACAUCAGACACCAGGAGAGUAUAUUGAAGGACAACCUGACCAGGAUUCGGAAAUAUCUCCAUCUGUAGAGAGUGAGGGUGUCCUGGAGGAGGAAGACCAGACAAAGAUCAUCCAGGAUGUUGAGAUCUCAGAGGAGACUGAGACAGUGAUUUUGCUCCCCACUGACAUGGCCUUAUCAUCCCAGUCCUUUGAGGAAGCAUCGGAAGGGGGAGAAUCACAGAAUGGUCUUGUUGUAGGUGAAGUAUCUAAUGCAGAAGUUACUUCCACAGUGGAGGUAGAGACAGAAUUGACUUCUUCGAUGCCCGAGACAGAGAUUGUCGCAGUGGCAGAGCCCGAGGGCGUGUGUACUGAUGGGCAGGCAGUGGAUGUAGACUCCAGUCUAGUGGAGGGCGUUGGACCAAGUUCAGAAGCUGAGAAGGUGGAGUUGGAAAGCACAGGACUAGCCAACAUUUCUGCAACACCAAGUACUGAGGGGACACUGGUGUUGGCUGCUGAACCCCUGCAAAUAGGUGAGCUCUCACCGGCCAAGGACGAAUUUGGAGACGCAGAGGGUGUCGAGGUGCCGGAAGGGGCAGUUAGUACCACAGAGGUAGCAACAGAACCCACAGACGCCCAGGGCGGCGUGGAGACGGCUGGGGCCACUGGUGGGGAAACAGGUGAAGUCACUGCACAAGAAGUCACAGCUCCAACUCCUUGGAACAAACUGAGGAAAAGUAAAAAGGGCUCCACCAAAAGUCCCAAAAGUCCAACGAGUCCUUCUCGCAGGUGUAGUCAACAGUGAGAGCUUUGCAGAAAAUGUCCUCGGAAGCAUUGCUUCUGUACUUGUCCGGGGGAUUCUAUUAUCGAGAUUCUGACUGUAAAUCACUUGCUUGGCUGUUGGUAUUUUGGCUUAUUUGCUUUUUUCAUGACAAAGUAUAUAGGUCUAGGUAUAAGAUUAACAAAAUGCUUUAUUGGUAAAUGCUUAGAUACUGAACAUGUUUGUACAUGUCUUUGUGGUGUGUGGAAAGCCUAUAAUUUGUGGAUUCUGUACUUUUUUACAUGAUCAAUUGUAGAUGUUGAUAUUUUUACUGCAAUUACAGAAUAAAUGCCAAAUGAAUUAA